AUGGGAGCAGCAGGUUCUAAGGAUGCUUUCACAAAAGAAGACGACAAAGACAAUGUAAACUCGCAGGGUGUUUCUGGCAAUAGUUCUGCUACAUCAAUGCGCAAGCCAGACUCGAACUCAUUGCUUUGUCAGACCCAAUUGAAUGGCCACCUCGAGUUUAAUGGGAUCUCGAGUGACCAUUUACAAAGUGGUUUGAAGCCUACAGAUGGCAAGCCACACCUCACUAAAUCUUCAGAGCCCAUAAACACAACCAACAGUAGUGAGGGCUUUGAAUCUGAAUCAUCGAAUCCGCCCAUCUAUGGUCAAGAUCCGUCACGAAGCAUACUCUAUCGUCGUACUCGCAACAGCUUCACAUCUUUUUUGAAAAUGCUAGAGUUUUCGUCAUCAUUGCCUUUAUCAAAAAGUAGUAGCCAUUCCAACAUAGCAUCAUCUAGCAAUGGUUCUGGAUCACAGAAUCGACAUAGCAUGCACCAAUCACAACAGUCUUCAUAUAAUCAAAACCAAUCGUUUCAUCGCCGCCAGUCAUCAACACCCCCAAAUUCUAAAUAUCGGCCUGCACUGAUGACUUUUGAAGCAGAGCAUGCGGCAUUUAUAUCAUCUCCUUUACAACAUUCGGAAUUGCCUGGCCAAGAAAAAAACAAAAUAAUCAAGCAAAGGGAAAGCACGAGUGUUUUUUUAACUUCUUGUUCAGGUUUGUUAUCGGAUGUGCCAGCUCUGCAGUCAAUGUCUGAGUCAAAGCUGACACCAUCUUUAGCCCAACGGCGAUCACAGAUUGUUUCUGCUAUUCCUGAGAUUAUAUAUCCAGAUGAUAAUGAUGCGCUUGUAGAUUUGAAUGCAUCGCAUAGUGGAAAGAGUAUUGAUGACUAUCCAGACGCCAUUCCGCAGCUUGCAGGCUCCAAUUCUAUCUUGCUUGGUGAUGAAUGUGAUGUGGUAACUGCCAAAUCACCGUCAUCUGUUCAAUCCAAUCAGCUAUCUAAUCAAAACCUUCAGUCCAAUUCAGAUACCACUUCAAACACACACAAUACAACACAGCCAUUAGUAGAUUCGCAAUCAGUGCAAGAUUCAGCGCACGACAAACAAGCUUUACUUGUUUACGGUACUGAAUCAAAUGAAGAUGCCACAACACUGUUACAUACACAACCUCACCAGCAAGACAAAGAUAAUAGUAUCAAUAGUGGCAAGCUUUUAGAGGAUGCUAGCGUCAAAAAUACUGUUACUACUGACGCUUUGGAUUCAUCAGCAAGACUUUCUGGUGAAAUAGCACCGAAACCCAUCGUGAAUGAAAUCUAUUCACAGCCUGUUGCCAGAAUUCUAAACAACGAUUUAGAUCAAGUCGUACCUGGGUCCAUGUCACAACCAAAUCUUUCUUUGCAAUCUCGACACCAAACACUGGCAUAUCGGCGAUCAUUGGUGGCGAAUACUGUAAAUGUACAAAGCUUUAGUGCUGAUUGCCUGCUGCCCAAUUCAUCAUCAACUGGACGAAGCCCAUCUAUUGCAGAGCGACGGGCAAGCUCGCCUAGAUACAUGUUAAAUAAAGGACUAUCGCCUGGCCGGCUAAGCAUAUCUGCUGAACCAUCCGGGGACUCGUUGGAUUUGCAAAGCAACUUGGCACCUACAAUUCCUGAAAGUGUAGUCGAAGAAAGCCAAGAGAGCAGCACUCAACCACCCAUGUCGUCUGCAUUCAAACAGCUUGCUCCACUGCAGACUAGUCAUAGUGCUCCAUUGACUGUUGUUCCUAACCUACAACCACCCAAACUCAAUAUCAAAAGUGUUCAUAAUAAUCGUCAUGUUCGCACUCAUUCCAACAGCAAUUCUCGCAACACUCACAAUCCAGCAACUGCAACAACUGCAACUGCUUCUAGUACAUGCACUGCUAUAUUGCAUACUCCAGAAAGCAGUCCGAUGUCGGCUACAAGCAGGCUGCAGGCUGUCACUCUAGCUCAACUCACAACCAUACUUGAAAAGGCCUGUUAUCUACCUGGCUACCUUUUGAGUAUACUGUCCUGUGGGUCUCCUUCUAACAUCCGACGUUCUCUCAAGCGUGUUUACAAAACAAUUCAAGAGAUGGAGGAUCGACGACUAACAUUGCAUCAUAAACUAGAUCCAUCUAUGGUGCAGCCGGAUAGCGAUAGUGUUGACCGUAUGGUGUUUACAACGGCAUCUGCCACAUCUCGAGCGAAUAUUCGGUUUAAUCGAUACACGGACAUUCUUCCUUUUGACUAUAACCGAGUGCGAUUACAAGGGGUACAACCCAAUGUUCAUGUUGAUGGAGAAAGUAGUACGAGUUCCUUGCACAUCCGGUCACCAGUCUCUGCCACCAUGCUGGCGGCAGGCACAGACUACAUCAAUGCAUCCGCCGUAUAUAGUAUUGAUGGCCAUCGCAAGUAUAUUGCAGCUCAAGGGCCUAUGCCAACCACGCUUGGAGCAUUUUGGGAAAUGAUUUGGGAACAGUCGAGUGGGGUAAUUGUCAUGCUUACCCAAGAGGAAGAAGCUGGUCGAAUCAAAUGCACUCGAUAUUGGCCAGAUGUUGUUGGGGCCAGCAAGCGAUACGCAACCACUUCAUCAUCAUCUUGUGGACCUGCAGCCAUUUGUUUUCGAGUUCAGUUUACAGACGAGGUAGUUUUGAUGAACGGACAAGCGGUUCAGCGAGAGUUUAUUGUCAAGAAGGAGAUGGUGGACGAUGUGUUGAACCGACAUGUGGAAGAUGAUCAUCAUUUUUACGAGAGUAGAGGUGGUGCAUCGAGUGCUCAAGCUGCAGAGAUUGUAUCUACAGACAACUCUCCUUCAAUUACCACUGAACACCAUGCCAAAACAGGAACACCCACAUCUGCAUGUCGCUCUGAUCAUAAUCAUCGGAUUCAUGCGGGACCAGAAAUCCGUCGAAUUCGUAUGCUUCAUUUUCUAGCAUGGCCUGAUCAUCAAGUGAGUUCUCCUUGCUCAGUACUUCAGCUAAUCCGGAUUGCCAACACUACUCAGGCGAUUGCUGCCUCGGAUAUGAUUAUUCUUGAUGCAAGUGGUGUACAGCCUUCGAGUCCUGCUACUGUUGGACCAAUGGUGGUUCAUUGUAGCGCUGGAUGUGGACGAACUGGAGUGUUCUGCACUAUUGACUCGGUACUGAGUAAUAUGAUAGGAUCGCAGAUCAUUGCCGAACAGUAUCCAAUUCUCACUCAGCAUAGCAUGCAUACAUCCGAAUCUAUUAGCACUUUGCCAUGGGUUGAUCCAUCAGAGAUCCAGCGACUUCCAAAAGACGAUAUGGUUGCAAUGACAGUGAAUCACAUUCGAAGACAGCGUAUCAAGGCUGUUCAAACAUCAGCACAGUUUAUAUUCUGUUACGAUGCGGUUGUAACACAGAUUGGAGAAUGGUUCGAGGCUGGUGUUAAGCCAACGUGGCAAGUUGGUCAUGACAAGAUAUCUACGCCUAUCGUGGACGCACCUGAUACUACUGUACCUUCUGCGAGCACUGAAGCUUGUUCAUCUGCUCAUCCUGCUGAUGAGGCUUCUAGAAAUACAACAAGCGAGUCUGAUGCAGUAACAGAUGUCAGAUAA